CUCUCUCUCUCUCUCUCUCUCUCCCCUUUCUUCCCCUUUCGACAAUAAUAAGAUUCCCUCUACGCGGAGGAGAGGUCUUAUUUUGUUUUUUUCUCUCUCUCUCUCUUUUAUUUGCGAAGGAGACGCAAUGGCGGUCGCCAUGGGGAGCUUCUCGAUUCGGGAGUACACAGGGAAGAUGAGGAGCGGGGAUUUCAAGAAAAGCUGGCCGUUCGAUGGGGACAGGGAUGGAGGGGAGAAGGGGCGGUCGCUCCCGCCGAUCUCGUCGCGGAAGUUCCGAUGGUGGUUCGACGAGCUCCAGGCGGCACGAUCGGGGGGAGAGAAGCGGGAGGAAGUCGAUGAUGGGGUGGAGGUCGAGAAGAACGGGGAUGAGAAGGUGAUUCCAGGGUCCAACAACGAUUCCAUGGUCAAAACCUCGCCCUCGGAGCCAACGGUUGACGGGAACUCCGGCGAGGCGGCGGUUGUGGAGGAGGAGGGAAGGCUGGUGAGAGUUCCUGCUAGGGGGAAGCAAAGGGCGCCCAAGAAGCGGUCCAUCGUUGAGCUGUUUGCUGUGGCGCCGCUGGUCGAGACCUUCGAAGAUGACAAUAACGGCAGUGACGGACGAGAAGAACGAGAAGAAGACGGAGAAGAUGGGGGAGAAAGAGAUCAAGAAGUCGAGGUGAAGGAUCUGGGAGUUGGGGUCAAAGGCGGUGGAGAAUAUUUGGAGCCUCCGAGGAAGAGAAAGGUACUGGAUUUGAAAGACGAUGAGAAGAAGAUGGUGAAGAUGGGGAAAAAGAUUAAGGACAAGAUUAUGAAGUCGAAAAAGAAGAAGCUCAAGGUCGAGAUCUGCGCUUCUGAAAAGGAGAAAAUUGGCAAGUCCAAAAUGCCAUCUCCAGUUGAUAUUCCUUGCAUACUCCAGAACAAACUGCGUGAUAAACAGUUCAGGAAGAUACAGAGGAACCUUAUUGACAGCCAAAAGAAAACUAUAACCACAAAAAGUUUGCCAAAGAAAGGUAACUUCAACCUUAAUCAAACUUCAAGAUUGAUCUCUAGAAAUCAGAAGGAGGUGACAAGGGUGCUCCCGCUACGUAGUAUUCUAAAGAACUGGAAAGGAGGCACUUCUGUCAAGAAGGAUAAGACAAUAGGUGAGGCACAGGGCAGAAAUUUCAUCAAACUUUGUUGUGAAUCAGCAAAGCAUGUCAGUUUUUCUGGCAAGGAUGACAUACUUGGCCUAAACAAAAGACAUUCGCCUAUGAAGCUGCCUCACUUGCAAAACCUAUGCAAAAUAUUCUCCGACAUCUUGGCUGCAUCAUCAGCUGCGGACAAUUUGAGCAAAGGUGAUAAAUGUCCAACUCCUACUGAGGGAGCUCAGGUGGUGAAUGCAAGUGAUACAGAUUUGGCUAGAAGUGUAGAGAGGACAGAUGAAACUUUAUCUGAAGAGAAACAACUGAGUGAUUCUUGUGGUCAUGCCAAUCCCUGGAGCUUUACUGAUCCAAGAAAAGGGAAGUCUCCUGAAACAAAGGGGACCCCCUUGUGUGAAUCUGUAGACUUAAAUUAUGCUGUACAAGAUUGUAGUGAAUUGAGUUGCUUUAGACCGGAUGGCUCAACUAUGUCACUUACUCAUGCUUAUUCAGGUAAUGCACAGGUUCUGAAUCCUAUUCAUGAAGCCAAGUCAAAUUGUGAUGCUGGAAUUCAUGGGGAAGAAAGUUCUCGAAUGACAACAAAUGAUAUAAGAAAUAAGCAUGGUCCCAUUGAAAAGUGUGUACCAAGGUCUAAAGCAAGAAGCUCCCUGACCCUAACAAGAAAUCCAGGUUUACAGCACUCAACAUCUUCUGUGGAAAAAAGUUUGGAAGCCAAUAAGGGACAACACCCUCCAUGUGUUGUGGAUUCCACCAUAGAUUUCUGUAGUCAACAACCAAGAUUUCAGCCAGUGCACCAUCAUUCUCCUGAACGUUUGAUUAGCAGCAUAUCCUCUUCAGUUGGAUCAAAAGAAUUAGGUGAGUGCAGAUUAACAUCAGAUCUGAUGUCUAGCUGUGGGGAGAAGAGCAUUGAUGAGGACUUUAUUGGUUUGCCACUUAAUUCACAGGGAGAACUAAUGCAGUUGCAUUCUAAUACCAAGUCUGCUUACAGUGAUUUCUACAAGAAGCGAAACUCAGUACGGAAUUCUGUCUGUAGCAUCCCACUUCCCAAUUAUGUUGAGCCAAAUUGCGGCCAUGUUAAAUUAAAGGGGAAAUUUCUUUGUGCAUCCUUGUAUGAAAAGGAUCGGUCAAAUUGGUCCUUGGAGCAGUACUACCCCGCCAGCAAAGUGGCAACCUCUGGGUUGGGUUUUACUGAUUUACAAGGAUUUGUAAGAAUGGAAAACCAGAAUCACAAGGAUUUCGAACAAUUUACUCGUUGUGAUCCAAAUGAAAUGGAAGUGUCUUGUUGUGUAUGCAGGGGAUGUAAUAAAACUGAAAAUUACAUUGACAGAGUGAACUUCCAUGCAGAAAUGAAUUUGGAGAACAAGUUUCAACCUGCUACCCAGCCAAUGAUGCGUUUGAUGGGUAAAAAUGUCGCAGUUGGUAGAAGUAAUGAAGAAUGCCUAGGAUUUAAUGAUGGGAAGACAUGGACUGAGAAGGAACUAAGAGCUCAAAACUGCCCCUCCACAACAGUGUCUGGUAAGCCCUUUUUGCAGAGAUGGCCUCCAGGGGAAUCAGUUGGGAAUGCAGAAUCUGUUUCAUCAACAGAAAAUCUUUUCAAGUCAUUAGAAGUUCCAUCAAGCUUUUACUGUAUGCCAGCAACUGAAUUUAGGUCGAAUCCUAUGCAUCUUGAUUUCCAACCACAAUGGUCAUCGAGAAGUCAGAUAUCCCCAGCCAUAGAGAGUCGUGGUUAUGAUGUAGACCUAUUUGGCCAUUCAAUUCCUCAACAUUUGCUGAAAAAGACAUACAACGCUGUAGUCCAUUGUAACUCAGGAACUCAGCAUGUCAAGAUGGGGCAUCAGCAACCUGUGUUGGGACCCUACCCUCAGAAUGUCAGCCAGCAUAUGCUUCUAAAUCCUUCUCAUUGCAAGCACAGCCAAAGUGUUUCUUACAAUAUGCCAACUUUUCACCCUGCUUGUCCUGACCAGGACUGUUGGAACUUUUCACGAACAUCUACAGCUCAUUCGCCAACCCUUCCUCACUGGCUGCUCAAUGCAACACGGCAGAAGAAACUCCAGCAGUCAUCUUGUCCUUAUUCUGCCCCACUUUCUGCACACCAACCCAGUGUUAUACAUGAAAACAACAUUUUCACCUUUUCUUCUCCAUAUCCAACACCUGCAAUUUCUUUUCCCUUUCAUGGUAGCAAUAUUUCUCAAACAUAUAGCUUGCCUGGUCCAGCUCCUGUGGUUCACCAUUUAGCUAUUCCACCCUUGGGAGCAAACAAAUCCCACCCAGCAGUCAAUACCAGCUGUAGAAGCAAGAAAAACAACAAUGGCACAAAAUUUCAAUUUGCAAAUGUUGAGGGUCUUGAUCGUACCAACAGAACUAGAAAAAGGCCUGCAGAUAAAGAUGAUACUUCUAUGAAUUGUGCGAAGAAGGCAAAUGUAAAUCUGCAAGAAGAAUCCAAUGAUCAAAAAGAUGCAGGGAGAAGAGAACAGAGGCAUGGACAUCAAAAAUGUAACAUAGGAUCAUCAGAAAUCAAUGCUUGUGGGAGUAAGAUCACUGAUGUUGGACUUCCAGCUUUAGGAAAUGAGAAAGACAAUCUGGUAGUUACAUCUGGGCCCAGUGCUUCAAAUUUCUAUCCACAGGAAAGAUCGGGGUUUGUCAAACUUAGUGCAGGAGCAAAGCAUAUAUUGAAACCAUGUGAAAAUAUGGAUCAAGAUAAAUCUCGACCAGUUCAUUCAACCAUAAGUUUUGCUGUAGGGACUUCCUCUGACAGGAAACAAGUUUCUCAGAAUAAAGCAUCAAAAGUUUACGGGUUCUAGAGGUUAUAACCCAACAUGGAAGCUUCUGAAUGAUGAUUUCAUCUACCAAUCCGUGUUUUACAAAACUGAUUAUCCGUAGCGGGAACACUUCUGAUGUGGUUGAUAAAUAUUGUUGCCUGGAUCAGAUAUAAUAUGCUUUGUAAACUCAAGCACAUGCAACAUUGCAUGAUAAAACCAUCAGGUUUUGGGUUUUCCUAUCUUCUCUGUUUUUUUCUUUUAUGUAUCAGCUUCACCCUCAAGUUAUAUUCGUCAGGUAAUUUAAAUAUUUCUCCCUGAACUUAAGUAGCCUUGUGGUGUAUGUCCAUGCCUGUUUUCCCCAUGUUUUCUCCAUGCGUGUUGUCUUGUUUAGAUAUGCUGGUGUCACUUUGAUUUCUUUUCAAGAUUAUUUUGUUUCAAC